AUGGAAAUGGAAGAAGAGUCAAAGAAAUUCCUAACAAUCAAUACCCAUAAAAGAUUAUUCCAAUACAAUCGGCUUGUAUUUGGUGUAGCAUCUGCCCCCGCAGUAUGGCAACAAGCUAUGGAUCAGAUAUUGGAAGGAAUUCCCCAUGUGCAGUGUAUCCUUGAUGACAUGAUCAUAUCUGGUACAACCGACCAAGAGCAUCUUGACAACCUAGAAGAAGUUUUCAGUCGACUUAGUAAACAUAGUCUCAGAACCAACAGCAGUAAAUGCGAAUUUUUCAAAGAAGGAAUCGAGUUCUGCGGUCAUGAGAUCAGCAAGCUGGGUCUGCACAAGUCCCAACAGAAAGUGAAUGCUGUGAUAAAUGCACCACGUCCUGGAAAUGUUUCCCAAGUUUGUUCCUUUGUUGGUCUUAUUAAUUAAUUAUUACCACAAUUUCCUUCCAAAUCUUUCUACCUUACUUCAACCAUUAAACCAGUUGCUCGAAAAAGAGAGACGGUGGAAAUGGACCUCUGAAUAUGAGCAAGCUUUUCUGAAAGCAAAGGAGUUAAUUGCAUCCGAGGAAGUCCUUGCACAUUAUGACCCUCAACGCCCAAUCAAGUUAGAAUGCGAUGCAUCUUCGUAUGGGUUGGGGGCAGUUUUAACAUGGUCAUGGGUGAUAAUACUGAACAACCAAUAGCUUAUGCUUCAAGGUCCCUUACAAAACUGAAAAACAUUAUUCUCAGAUAGAUAAGGAAGCAUUGGCUUUAGUGUGGGGUGUGCAGAAAUUCCAUACUUACAUAUUUGCACGACAUUUUACCCUCCUAACAGAUCAUAAACCAUUGACAGCAAUUUUCAGUCCAACCAAGGCUAUACAAGCAACGACUGCUGCUCGACUCCAACGAUAUGCACUAUUCCUUUCAGGGUUUGACUACGAGAUUGUACACCGUAGUUCAACGCAGCAUUGUAAUGCAGAUGGAUUGUCUCGUCUACCUCUAGCAACAACUGAAGAUGAAGAAAAUCAGUUUGUUGACUCGGUUGAGGCAUUUCAUGUUUCACAGUUCAGCAUGUUGCAUGUCACUUGCCAGCAUGUACGCAAAGCAACCCAACGAGAUUCUAGAAACCCUCGCCCAAGUGUAUGA